AUGGACAGUGGGAGUGCACCAGCAACAGCUAAAGUUCAGCAUUUAAUGAAGGCUUCAUCAGAUGAACUGCUAAGGAAAUUUGCGGAAGUGGGUUCGGGAUCCACCGCGAAGAAAGAGCUUUCGCAGUUGGCAAAACGAUGCCACCACCACCGAAAAAAAAACCACAGAGAAAAUGACUUUGGUGAUGAUGAGCAGUACUGUGAGAACCCCUCCUCCUCCUCCUUCUCCUCCUCCUUAAGCCGCCGGGCCAGUUUGGUUGAGACGAAGUUGCUUCUUCCUACUGUGGCCGCAUCCACUCAAAUGUCGUCUACGCUGAUUCGGCGGCUGGGGAUUGGGAUUGGGAGGUCAUGGCUCAGGUCCAGGGAUUUCAAGAACUUGUCCAUUUUCGCCACAAAUGACAAGACAUGGCGUAAAAUAGUUGACAGGGCUUCAAAGGUCUUCUUGGAGAUGCAUUACAACCGGCACAAGCGCUUGAUAAACGAUAUUGCUUAG